GGAUGUGGAGAGGAAGAAGUUAUUAAUGAUACAAAUACCACUACUACAGGGGCUUUCCCUAAAAAUGCAAUCAGAGAUGCGGUCACAUAUACAGAACAUGCUAAACGCAACGCUAUAACAUAUCUUGGAAUUAUUGGGUUUUAG